AUGUACGAAGCUGGCCUGGACCCUGAUAACCUUGCCAAACAGCCAAAAGUGAUUGUUCAUGGAUUGAUGGUCUAUCAAGUAUUGGAUAAAAGGCAUUUAGAACUUGAUGAAUUAGCAACUGGUAACCAUUUUCUUAUUCAAACACAGUCGAAUUAUGAGCCUGGCGUUCUCCAUACUUUUAUGAGUUCGCAUAUAUGUUAUGAUUCGCAUUUUUCCUGGGAAAAGAAAAUGCGAAAUUGGAUGUAACAAAUUGCAUGCGAAAAUACAAUCAGUCGUGGAUUCCAUUUUCAAAUUCUAUAUUUGACAAUAUUCAGUAAUACCUGUUGUAUGUUGGGCGAUUCCGGACUGAUUUUAUUUUCGUUAACAUUUAUUCUAUUAUAUUUUUUUAAUUAUUGGACUUUUUCCCUAAACUCUAGGUAUGGACGUUGUAUCACUGACUACUUUCCUAAAACAGAACCAUAUAUUGACAGCCGUCGUAUUUCCUUUGGAGGCUGCGAGAUAUGUUCCAGCUUCUGACGUCAUACCUCAAGUUAACUUUGAAGGGAGAGAUUCAAACGAAAACACAAACACAAACAGAACUGCUGACUUCUUUCUUAAGUAUAUAAAUGAAAUGGACCAAAGGACAGCUGGUAAGCAAACACCUUGAUAGGAAAUUAAUUGUAAAUAAUUUAAUUUCAUACACCUUGCAUUCCAGAUUUAACAGUAAGGUGAAUUGUUUUAGAUUGCGGACAAAUGGUUGAUCUCCUCUCAUUCUGGACUGGAUGCAGCACAAUCCGUCAAGAACAAGAUAGUCUUUCUGUUACAUAUGAUGGUGGGGUGAAUGUGUUACCUUUGUCUGAGACCUGUUUCAAAAAGAUAAUACUGCCUGAAAAGCACACCGUGUAUGAAGAUUUCAAGAAAAACAUGGACAUAGCAUUACUUUAUGGUUGCAAUGGUUUCACUUUCACUUGA